GUCACAGACACACAGACAGAACUGGCGUAUUAUUAUAUAGAUUUCCACAUUUUUUAGCAUUCUGCCCCCUACGAACUAGGUUUGUUUUCACUCUGCGAAAUUUUAAAAAUGGUGGAUGUAGCAUGUGAUUCGCCAAUUAAGCAAAAUGUCAAUCAUCACUACGGCAACAAAGCUGAACCGAAUCGCCGAAUAUAUGAAUCAAGUAAAAAAGCUAUAUUAGCAAAAAUCCUCUCUUAAAACUAGCUACACAAUGUCAGGCUUGAAGUUAGAAAACAAGGAUUUUAUGAAAAACUCAGCCCCUAUUUAUGAAGAGCUGACCAUGUGAAUGGCAUGUUUGCUAACUGCCGGGAGAAUGGCUUGAAAAGCAAUUCUUGCGAGCAUAGUUUAGGCUUAUUAUUUUUCCGAAGUUCACAUGGUUAGGCACAAGAUUUGUUGGUAACUUGACCCAGGCUAAGUUUAAUAACAUAAAUAACAUUAUUACGUUGUAAAGACAAGUUUGUCAUAUCUUAAAUUUUUUCCGUAAAGACAUUUUUGCAGUGAGUAGUUUGUAAACCAUCAAUAAUGUUACUUUCCAAAUUUCUAAAAAACAUAAUGAUCAAAACCAAUCUUUAUUUAAGACAUUAGCUACAUCAAUGCUACAUCAAUUUUAGCACAUUAUAUAGUAGAGUUUCAAUAAGGGUUAAAAUAGAUGCUUCAAAUAUAAUUUAAUUUCAACAAGAUAAUCUUGAUGUAAUAAAUUCAAUAUUUUGGUACAGUUUAAAGCUUUGCUAUUUAACUAUAGCAAAGUAAUGGUGGUGACUUAAAGACAAUUGAUGAACCUAUGUUGAUAACGACUCUCUCUUUAAAUCAAAGCUCUUUAUACAAAGUAGAAAAGCUAAAUAACUAAAGGUAAUCUUGUUGUCUCCUCAGGGUAUUGAUUACUAUUGUUUUUCACUUUAAAAUGCCAACCAUAUAAGUGCAAGGGAUCCUAAGAACUAAUUUAAAAUGAUGUGCGAAAACUCUAUUAACAUGAUACUAUAUAUAUACAUAAGUUUUAUUAACUACUGAUGUUUAAUAAUGACAUGUGAUAAAGGAGAACUAAACAAGUUCAGCUUAAUUUUUUUAUUAUAGUGUGAAUACAGAAUGAAAUCCAGCUCAGUAGCCUUUGAAAGCAAGUUUUUAGUAUUUAUGCAAGUAGCGAAGAAAAUAAAUUUAGUUAUGACUCCAUCAGUCCAAGAAGGGGAAAACGAGGAAGAUAAUGAAUUUUAUUCAAAAUAUCAGGUUGGAGAAAUUCUUGGAGAUGGCAUUUCAAGUGUUGUACGAAGGUGCUUAAACAAAGAAACUGGAGAAGAAUUUGCAGUAAAAAUCAUUGAUAAGCUUAGCGAUCGAGGGCAAAAUGUAAAAGGAAUUGACAUUAUUACUCAAGUCCGUACAGAAGUUGGUGCUUUGUCUAUAUUGCGAGACCAUCCUAAUAUUAUCACACUUAAAGAUUACCAUGAAAGCUCAGCUUUUAUGUUCCUGGUAUUCGAGUUAGCUAAAGGUGGUGAACUUUUUGAUUAUCUCACACAAGAAGUUACCAUUCCAGAGAGAGUUGUCCGUAAAAUAAUGUGGCAGUUGUUAAAAGCAGUUAGCUACAUUCAUCAAAAUGGAAUUGUACACAGAGACCUCAAGCCUGAAAAUAUUUUGUUGGAUGAAGAUAAUAAUAUCCUGUUGUCAGAUUUUGGUUUUGCAGUCCAUCUUGAGGAAAAUAGACUACUGCAUGAUGUACUUGGAACUCCUGCAUAUUUUGCACCAGAAACAUUAAGAUGUGUUGUAUACGAAUCACAAACAGGUUAUGGACAACCAGUGGACUUAUGGGCAUGUGGUGUGAUUUUGUAUACACUAUUGGUUGGCCAAGGACCAUUUUGGCACAGAAAAGACACAAUAAUGUAUCGUAAAAUAAUGGAAGGUAGUUUCGAAUUUUCCAGUUGUGAAUGGGAUGACAUUAGUGAAGGUCCAAAACAACUGAUUCAAAAUCUACUUGUUGUUGAUGUGAAAAAAAGAUAUACUGCUAAAGAAGCGCUUGCCUCUCCAUGGUUUGAGGGAAUGGUCAGCUGUAGAAAAUGUUCAAUAAUGCAAAAUGUAAAUGUAAGGACGAAAACGAAGAUCAGUUUUAAGACUCUUGUUUAUACUGUGCUGUCCAUGAAAAAACUUUAUUACACAUUCCAUGAGAGAUAUGUUCCAAUGACUUAUAAAGCUGUUCUGUCUGAACCUUAUGCUUUUAAAGAAAUUAGGAAGUUAAUAGAUGGUUGUGCUUUUAACAUGUAUGGACACUGGGUAAAAAGAACACCUGACCAGGUUCAAAACCGAAAUGCAUUAUUCGCAAAUGAUCUUAAACGUGACUUGGUUGGUUAUGAUGACAUUGAUGACUUUAAAUCACAGUCCACAUAUUCGUAUAAUUUGAUACAUUCGUUUUUGCCAAGAAGACCAUCUUUUUCAAAAAAGCAUCCACUGAACACAAAUAACAUUCUUAGUAAAUCACCCUUGUCAAAAUGACUUUUUUCAGUUAAAUUAUAUAUCUUUAUUAAAUAUUUCCUUUAUUGUAUUAUAAUUAGCCAUGAAAACCGAAUUUUAGUUAUUUUUUCAAUUGUAAAUUAUUGUCAGUGGAAAUGUUUUCCACGAAACUAGCAUUACACAUUUUUCAAUAACGUACAACAAUUUUGCAACAUUUUUCUACUAAAAUUUGUUAGAUUUGUGAUAUUCUUUUAGGGCAAGAUAGAAAGUGAUGAAUUUAAAAAAAACCUUUUUUUAAAUCCACAAAGGUUACUAGUUUCUGAUGAAAUUACUUUAAAUGCCAUUCUCACAGUACAAGUAUAUGUAACAUUACAUUUGAGUUAUAGUUAUUUUCUGUUAAAACGUUUUGUUUGGAGUAGCCUUGAUUGUGGUUAUUUGUUUAAUUGAAAAUCCGUGAGAAUUAGUCAGUUUCACAAUUUUUAUUUUAAAUUUUUCAUGCUUUGUGUUAUACUUUUAUUAAUAAAGUUUUUGUUUUUCCAAUCUGCAUUUUGAUAUUUUUUUUAUGUUUAUAUUUUCUAUUUCUAUGAAAGGUAAAAAACUUUUCGAUGCACAAAAAAUACCAUAUACAUAGAAUUACUUUGAAGUCAGUGUUAUUAGCGGGAGGAUUCAGCAGAGAUUAGUACUAUCUCACUUAUUGAUGAUAAGGCAUAUAUAUAUAUAUAUAUGCUAGGUGACGUUUUUGUGUAUAAUAUAGAAGUUUUAACAUUUUAACACCAUAAGUAUAUUAUAAAAUUCUAAUAUUUAAUAGAACUAGUUAAUAAGUAUUAUGAGUACAAUAUUGGGAAUGUUCAAUUUCUGUAACUAGCAGUUUAAAGAAUGUAAAGGUUUAUGGA